UAAUCGAGCAUCGUCGCCUUAGCUCCUCUCCUCUCCUCUCCGUCGUCGUGGAACUUCUCUCCGCCGGCUGUCAUAUAUAUAAAGGAGAAGAAGAGAACAGCAACUCUAGCUAGCCGGCCGGCCUCCGUCGUCGCCGGCGUCGUCGACUAGCUAGCUAACUCUCGAUCUCCAGUUCCUGCCCCCGCGCCCCACGCCCGGCCGUCGUCGUCAGCAAUGGCAGGAGGCUUCUUCUCCAUGGCUCACCCGGCCGUCACCCUCUCCGGCAUCGCAGGAAACAUCAUCUCCUUCCUGGUGUUCCUUGCACCAGUGGCGACGUUCCUGCAGGUGUACCGGAAGAAGUCGACGGGCGGGUUCAGCUCGGUGCCGUACGUGGUGGCGCUCUUCAGCUCGGUGCUGUGGAUCUUCUACGCGCUGGUGAAGACCAACUCGAGGCCGCUGCUGACCAUCAACGCCUUCGGCUGCGGCGUGGAGGCGGCCUACAUAGUCCUCUACCUGGCGUACGCGCCGCGGCGGGCGCGCCUGCGGACUCUGGCCUACUUCUUCCUGCUGGACGUGGCGGCCUUCGCGCUCGUCGUCGCCGUCACGCUCUUCGCCGUCCGCGAGCCCCACCGCGUCAAGUUCCUCGGCAGCGUCUGCCUCGCCUUCUCCAUGGCCGUCUUCGUCGCGCCGCUCAGCAUCAUCGUCAAGGUGGUCAAGACCAAGAGCGUCGAGUUCCUGCCCAUCAGCCUCUCCUUCUGCCUCACGCUCAGCGCCGUCGCCUGGUUCUGCUACGGCCUCUUCACCAAGGACCCCUUUGUCAUGUACCCCAACGUCGGCGGCUUCUUCUUCAGCUGCGUCCAGAUGGGCCUCUACUUCUGGUACCGCAAGCCCCGCCCGGCGGCCAAGAACAACGCCGUGCUGCCGACGACCACGGACGGCGCCAACGCGGUGCAGGUGCAGGGGCAGGUCAUCGAGCUGGCGCCCAACACGGUGGCCAUCCUGUCGGUGAGCCCCAUCCCCAUCGUGGGCGUGCACAAGAUCGAGGUGGUGGAGCAGCAGCACAAGGAGGCCGCCGUGGCCGCCGAGACCCGCCGGAUGGCCGCCGCAAACCCGGACGGCGCCAUGCCGGAGGUCAUCGAGAUCGUCCCCGCCGCCGCCGCGGUGUGACCCAACGCCAAUCACCAUGCACCGUACACACCCUGCUAGCUUCUUAUUAGCUAGCUCGGAUGACGUACGACAGUUUGGUGGCAAGUGGCUGGCAGCUCAAGCAUGCAGAUGCAGGCAUCGUCGUCUGCUAGUUGAUCGUUUAGUUGGUUAAUUGUUGGAUUAUUAUUGCGUGUCUCUCUCGUGUGCGUAGUCUUGUCAGUUCAGUUCAGUUCAGUGUCGAAUCAAGUAGUAGUAGCUGUUGUUUGCAUUGGAUCUGACAAUGCAUGCUAAUAAUUAUGGUGGUGUGAUGGUCUUGGUCGGUACGUGCGUAGUCGUCUACGUACGCCGUGUCAACGUCGUAGAUCUCUACGGGAAGAUGAUAAGACUGUAACAUGCAGGGCAUGCAUCUAUUUAUACUUAACAUAUUCUUUGUGUGCUUAA